AUGGUACUCAAACUUCCUCCAUUAGAAUUUACUGAAUGUUUAACAGAUUCACCCGAUUUUCGUGAAAAACUUCGACAACAUGAAAGUGAGUUAGAAAAUACAUCAAAUAGUAUUAAGACGUUGAUUAAAAAAUUAAAUGAAGUUAUGGUGGCUAAUAAAACUUUAUCAAAAGCAUCCAGAAGUGUUGCCGAAACGUUAAAAACGUUCAAAUUUUUUGUUGUUGGACAAAAAAUGAGUGAAGAAGAAAGAGAUAUUGAAUCAUCGCUAUCCUACAUGGGAGAAGUACUUCAUCGAAUCGAAGAAGCACGUGAUUCAUUGAGUACAUCAUCCGAAGCCUAUUUGAAAAAAUUAGAUGAAUUUCGAAAGACGACAAUUGGAAAAGCAAAGACGAAAAAAAAAGAAUUUGAUAAAAGUACACAACGUUAUUGUACAGUUAUGGAAAAUAAUUUAAAAAUGUCAUCAAAACGAGGUGAUUUAUUUCAAGAGGCUGAUGCUAAUAUGCAUAUGCAAACAAAAAGAUUUCGAGAAGAAAGUCUGGAUUAUGUAUUUCUAUUACAACAGGUGCAAGAAAGAAAAAAAUUCGAUUUUGUAGAAACAUUUUUGCAUCAUCAAGUUCUUAAGUGUCGAGAGAAUUUUGAUUGUUUUCAACGUGAAGGAGAAGAUCUUAAACGUAAAAUGUUACAGAGACCAGAAGAAUAUAUAUUAAAAAAUCAAGAAUUUAAUAAAGAAGGAUAUCUAUUUUUAGUUGAAAAAAAAGCAUUAAUUGGUACCACAUCGUUAACAAAAUAUUAUUGUCAAUAUAAGAAAGAUAUUGCAUUAUUAAGAAUGAUGAAUUUUACUCAAACAAGUAAUAAACAAGUCAGUCCUGGUGAAUUAUUUGUUCGUACAUGUUCAAUGCAUCCAGCAGAUGAAAAAUUAGAUAAACGAUUUUUAUUUGAUGUAUAUGCAAUAGAAAAAGGAAUAUCAUCAGAUAAAACAACAGUAUUUACAUUUCAAGCAAUAACGGAAGAAGAUCUUGAAAGUUGGAUAUCACAAAUGGGCGGACAAAUUAAUGUAUCCAAAACUCCAUCAUCGGCUCGAACAGAAAUGCAACAUGAAUUGGAUGAAGCUGGAAUUGAUUUUAUUAAAAAAUGUAUUCAUGCUGUCGAAAAAAAAGGACUAGAAGAGCAAGGACUUUAUCGUGUGGUUGGAAUGACAUCCAAAGUACAUUCUUAUGUUCUUGCUUAUUUUGAUAGUCACAAGACGUUACAGCAAAAAUUAGCAACACCUGUUGAUGAAGAUAAUACUGAUUUGAAAACAAUCUGUAGUGGAUUAAAAUUUUAUUUGAGAUCAUUAAAAGAACCAUUAUUUACAUUUAAACUUCAUAAUAGAUUUAUUGAAGCAGCAAUGCUUGACGAUAAAGCUGAACGUAUCCGAUGUAUUCAUAGUCUUUUAAAAGAAUUACCAAAACAAAAUUAUGAAUUAUUAUUUAUACUGAUGGUUCAUUUGUCAAAAGUAUCUCGACAAAAUGCAAAAAAUUUAAUGACUCCUGUUAAUCUUGGCGUUUGUUUUGGACCAUCAUUACUUCGUCCAGAAGUUGAAACUGUUUCAUCUAUUUACGAUAUAAAAUUUCGUAAUGCCAUUGUUGAAUUAAUUAUUAUUCAUUAUAAUAAAAUGUUCAAAUCAACACUUAAUACACACGAUAUUGAAGAAAUGGUUGGAUCAAGGGAAAAUGGUGAACAUCCAGUUAAUAUUAGUAAUUCAUUAUCGUCUCUAGCGUCUGUAACAAGACGACCACCCGCCGACAUAGAUAAUGUUGAUAUUCGACGACGAGGAAUCUGUAGUCCAGAUUAUAAUAUACACAUUGAAAAUAAACAUGUUUUCAAUCCAAUUUACGAUGAAAAUCAACGAAAAGAAUCUAGUUCAAGCAGUAGUCUCGAAUCAUUGAGUUCAAAAAGUUUUUCAUCAUCUAUUGGUGUACAUUCUCUUCCAAAUUCUUCACCAAAUCCAUCAAGUCAAACACGUAUUUCUUCAAAUCAAUCUUCGUCAUCACAGUCACGACAAAUACCAUCUGAAAAUUAUAAUCGUUUAAAUACUUUAUCUUCAAAAUUUGAACCACAAACACCUGAUAAAAGUAGUCGAACUCCAUUGUCAACAACAUCAUCAUCGACAAAUACAAGAGUUUUGAAGAAAACUGUGACUCGGGCAACUACAUUAUAUUCUUGUAAAGCCGAUAAUGAAACUGAAUUAUCUUUCAAUGCAAAUCAAAUCAUUACAAACAUUAAAUCAUCUCGUGAACCUGGUUGGGUUAUCGGUACGAUAAAUGGACAAACUGGUCUAAUACCAGAAAAUUAUAUAAAUUAUAGUCAUAUUGAAGAAUGA